AGAGAUUUGCCACUAAAUUUGAAAUCAUCUGUAUUUUGUGGAAGAACUCAGGAGUCUCUUGAUUAGAGAUAUUUGGUGAAAUUUGAAAUCAUGUCCAGCAUUCCAAUUCCAGAAGAGAUUCUUCAUGAAGUCUUGUUGAGGGUACCACUCGUAUCAAUUUCAAAGUUUAGGUGCGUAUGCAAACAAUGGAACUCUUUACUCUCUAACCCUAGUUUUGUGAAAAGCCAUUUUGAUCUUGCUAUUCAAAACGAAAAACCUAAUUUCAUUCUUGUAAUUGAUGUCGAGAAUGGUUAUAAAAUCAUCCGUGUAAAUCAAGAUUCAUUAUUAUCAUGUAAACCUGAUAGUGAAUGUGGAUGUGAGCCUGAUUCUGAAUGUGGAUGUGAACGUUGUGAUGAGAGUUCUUAUCUAAGGUACCCAUUCGAACAGUUAGAAUCACGUGAGAUUAAUAUUUUGGGUGUUUGUAAUGGUUUACUUUGUUUACUUAUUAGUGUGAUGCUUGAAGAAGGAAUUCAAGACAUUAUCUGUAUUUGGAAUCCUAAAACUAAAGAAUACAAGGAAUUACCUUAUCCACCAAGUGAAUUUUCAUGUGGUGUAAAGAUCAUAGAAAACUGUUCAGAUGAUGGGUUUUAUUAUGAUUCUAGCGUUGAUGAUUACAAGUUGAUUAAAAUUGUGCCAAUUUCCGGAGAGUUGAUGCUAGGAGUUCAAAUUUACAGUUUAAGGUCAAACUCGUGGAAAAACAGUGAGAAAUUCAUACCUUACGAGUCUUCAUCGCUCCACAGAAGUUCAGGAGUCUUGGUUAAUGGAGCUCUUCAUUGGUUAUUAAUCACGCCUGGAAAUCGUACUUCUAAUGUUAUAGUUUCUUUUAAUACUUGUGACGAAGGAUUUGCUGAUUUGGAUGCCACAAAUGAACUUGGAAGAUUGGAUGAGUGCCUUUGCUUACUUGUCGGAUCUCUUGGUGAUCGAGCUGAUUUAUGGGUGAUGCAAAAGUAUGGUGUCAAACAAUCAUGGACUAAACUUUUAACAACUACUAAAGAGUUAAUUGCAGAUAAUAAUUUCAUGAGUAAUUCGAUGCCGAUAUGCACAUAUAAGAGUGGUGAAAUUCUGAUGCCAAAUUUGGAGGGUUUUGUUGUAUACGACCCAAAAUGUGAUAAAGCUAAACUUAUUACGAUUCGUGCCAUUUGUGGAGCGAGUGAAGUCAGUGAAAUUGAAAGUUAUAUAGAGAGUUUGGUUUCACUCGGCUCGUUUACUUAUGUUGGGAAGCAUGACAUUAUUGAGGAUAUUUCACAGGAGAGUUAAGUGGGAAUCUUCAUUUCUUUGAGAUUCCAUGCAGAGGGACUCUAAAUUUUGCCUUCAAAUUAAUUUUUGCUGGAGGCAAACUACCUAACAGUGGUAAAUUGCAACAAAAGACAGAAGAGGCUCCUGAAGUCAGAAGAUUCCAUCAGCACUGAAGUCAGAAAAUUCCAUCAGCAAACUACUGGUGGAACUGCCUGUAGUAAACUGGUGGAGCUGCUACUACUGGUGGAACUACUACUGCAAGUUUCACAGAGGCCAGGCCAGUGACGAGCGCAUACCAAUUAGUGCGACCCACUGUUCAAUAGGCCGUGCAGUUCGAGGAGAGAACCAACAGUUUCUGAACUGAAAUCUUCCUUUUGGAGAUGGGCAGCAGCUCGAUUCUUGGGAUUACCCUUCAAAUAUGCUGUCUAUUGAAUAAAUUUCUUUGUUUUUCAUUUUGUGCAGGCCCAUGAGCCCGAGUAGCUGACUCACUUGAACAUAGAAGUGGCUGUACACUCCCUAGUUGAAAAGCAGCUAUUCAGUCCGCAGCAGCAUUACAAGUUCUGCUGUUGGGAAGUGCACGUCGCGAAACAACUUUAGCUGUGUAUGCAGACGUAUCUUUAGCAAGUUGUUGCUCUAAGUUUGAUAAUGGCGAAAUACAAUCUCGUAGCACGACGUGGAUAGCACUUGGACUAAUGAUUGUCCAAAAUCAUCUGUGCUUAACAGAGAAUUGAUGACUUCAUCAGUUAUUUCCUCCUGAAAUAAGUUGCAACACUUCCUAUAGUUCUAUCUGGAUGGAAUUGAAAUCCCAAUGUUUGAUGUAAUAGAGGACAAGUCUUGCGCUGCUGACGCGUCCUAAAACCUUGGCGAGGUUGUCAAUUGGCACGCUGAUGCUCCCUCUUCCACAUGGAUUUGAUCAUGUGAACGUGAUGCAAGGCCGACCCUACGAGGCAGUGUAGCUGAAGAUGCCAAUUAGUGAGGAUGCUCACGCUCCUCAAAUGACACAGAGGUGGCAGAAGCAGACCCAUUGAUGUAGACACAGACACGGCAAAAGCAGACCCAUCGAAGCAGACGCAGGCGCAGUCUCCAAAGGUCUUAUUAGUUGACGCAAGUCAUCUAAAAAGCUGAUUAGUUGCCUUUUGACCUGAGCACUUAUUGAGUUUAGCAAAAUGAUUCGCUAAUAGACAUAUAUAUAAAUUCUCAAGAGGUGUCAUUUGGCAUUGUUCUUGGAGUCAAUACGUGUUACCUCUUAUACCGCAAAGAGCGGUGUGUGAUAAAACUGGUGGCAGCAGACUCUAUUACUAAUAUAAGACCCUGACGCCACAGCAAUGACGAUGGCACGCCCACUGGUACCGCCAACAGUUCAGCGAAUACAAGACCAGCAGCUCAGAAAAUACUGCAAUCCCCCUUUUGGUGACGAGCAGCAGCUUGUAGGGUAGUCACGAACAGCCGCAGUUUUUAAGUCAUGGCAACUGAAAAAUGUAAGAGCUGAGAAAAGGAAUUCUCUUCUCCCCAAUUAUGCAGCGUCAAGAGAAUUCAGCAGCCGCAGCCUCGUGAAGAUACAGUUUUGCGAAUGCUUAGUGCAUUCAGCAGUCGCAGCUCAAAGUUUGCAGCUUUGUGUAUCUCAGCAGCAACAGCAGAGUACUAUUUAUGUAGAUACAUGCAUCAGCAAGCCAUGAUGCAUGACAGGAUCUCUGCUGCUCACAGGGCAAGUGUCCUGGACGCAAAAAAGUCGAAACCAGGAGCAAUCUACAGUAGUGAAGGCAAUAGUCUCACCUCACAACCUGAUAAACGGACAAGUCCCAACAACACCUACGUAAUGGUUUUGCACUCAAGCGUGUAAAACGCACGUGAAGUAAUCUUAUUCCCUAUUACCAUAAAUGACCAAAAUAUCCAUAAUAAUUCCCAGUAAAAUCCUUAAGAUAUCGUUAUCUUCUCAGAAAAAUGUAUCUAAACACCUCUUCCUUUUAGCCCUGGAAAAAAAACUUUCAGAGAGAAAUGGAGGGAAGCUCUGUUCUAAACUUUCCUUCUUCAAAAACCCAUUUCAAAGUUACUUCUCAUAAAUUAUCUUCUCCUUUCAAACAGACCCAAGUUGUUAAUUUUCAUCCUAAACAGUUUAGAAAUUCUAAUUCUAUCUUGAAAACCCAUUUCCUUUUAUCCUCAACUCGUAGUAUUAGUAAUGGUAGUAAAUCCAUUCUCUCUCCAUGUCUUGCCGUUGCAGAACCAUUGGAGACUAUUACAAAUAAUAAUUCUUCUCCUAAAGAUAAUUUGCCAAAAAUCGAUAAAAGUGGAAGGUUUUGUAGCCCCAGAGCUGCUAGAGAACUCGCACUAUCGAUAGUGUAUGCCUCCUGCUUAGAGGGGUCAGACCCAAUUCAACUCUUUGAGAAGCGAUUAAAUGUUAGAAGAGAACCAGGUUAUGAAUUCGAUAAGUCAUUGUUAUUGGAGUAUAAUCACAUGACCUUUGGUGGUCCUCCUGUCUCAACCCAGACAGAAGAAGAAGCUGAGGAGCUGCUGCACAAGAGUGAAAAGGAGUCUGCAAUUGAAGCAGAAGUGCUAUCAGCUCCACCAAAAUUGGUUUACAGCAAACUCAUUUUGCGUUUGACAAAGAAAAUGUUGGUUGCUAUUGUGGACUCUUGGGAAAAGCAUGUUCUUGUUAUAGACAAGAUAGCACCUCCAAAUUGGAAGAAUGAGCCUGCAAGCAGGAUAUUGGAGUUAUGCAUUCUUCACUUGGCAAUGUCGGAAAUAACAGUUCUUGGGACACGCCACCAGAUCAUUAUUAAUGAGGCGGUUGAUCUUGCAAAACGAUUCUGCGACGGAACAGCUCCACGUAUAAUUAAUGGAUGCCUAAGAACUUUUGUCAAGAAUCAGUCUGGAAUAACAAACGUAGCGCAACCAUUAGAAGCUAGACGCCAAAAUAAGUAGUUCUACUUAUUAUCGUUGUUGUUGGUGUUGAUGAGAAAAAAGUUCAAAGCUACUUUUGAUACCUGAGGAUGUCGAGUAUGGUCCUUGUGAACCUCACGAAGUAGCUUAACUAUGAAAUGCCUCGUCGACUUGAUCAGCCUGAGUUGGUUGUGUAGGAGAGAGAUGAGAAGUUAAAACCGCUAGUAUAACUGGUAAACCAAAUUAGAUUUUCAAGAUGAGGUAGGAAAUUUUGUUUUCCACCUUACCAUUAGAAAUGGUGGGUUGUGUACUAGAAAAUAUAGUUAGAUUUAUGACUUGAUGUUUACGUGCAGUAUAAAAACACAACCAUUUGGUACCUUUGGGAAUGUUAUGUUGACAUAUCUUAUUACUUGGUAUUUUUCAUCGUUCACAUAGUA